AUGGACGAUCAAAGUGGCAGGAAAAGGAUUGACCCAAGAACCGAAAAUAUCCCUAUUGGUCGAGAUCCUAAUUCCGCCGUGGUAUAUCAUGCUCUACCUAGACAUGAUAACCCUGAAAUCACAGAAAAUCUUGAAACUGAUGAGGUAAGAUGGCAGGAUCGUGAACACAUCGUACAUCCACCGGGAGUAAAUGAUCACAAAGGUGAGAGUACCUUUUGCCUCACCUCGGAAUCUUUAAAUCGGGAUGCACCCAAUUUUUUCACGGCGGCAUUUUUCGGUCAUUUUUCGGAGGCAACGACCACUAGUAUCUUUAUCGAACGGGAUCCAACGAAUUUCGCAAUGAUCGUAAAAUAUUUAAGAAGGUAUGAAGUGGAUUGGCCGGUAAAAGACAAGGUCUCGAUGAAAAAUUUAUUGGAGGACGUAAAAUAUUACGGUUUUGAAAGGUUACAAAAUUUGUUGGAAGAAAUCUAUGAAAAACAUUUCCCUGUAAAGGUGAUACCUUGGAAGAUUUUAACCUAUGCACUCGAGAAAGAACCUAUUCUCGCUAUAAACAUUAAAGAUGUGGAAUUAAAAAGAUGGGAUUCUCGAUCUUUAAUUUAUAAUGCCAAUCCCAUUUUGAAAAUGAAGAAGAAAACAUCAAACAAAGAAAAUGAAGUUGUUGCUAACACUAAUGAUGAUGAUGCCACGGUUGACAAUAAUGAAGAGGACAAUGUUGUUAAUGAAACGAUAAAGCCAAACCCAGAAAAAGGUCUGUACCGAUUAGAGGUACACGGAAGAGACGCAUUAGCAACCGUAACUUCAAACCUGAGCAAUGGAAUAAAAUUCGAGAAUUUCGUCUUGAAAGAUGCUGCGGAAGAUGCAACCUUUCGCGUGCUUACGGAAUCUUUCCGAACGCCUGAUGGCACCCUCACUUUGUCACCUUCUUUGAAACUAUCCUUCCUAAAGGAUAGUUGUAUUGAAAUCGAUGGUAUAAGGUAUCACAACCAUAACGAUUUAUCAUCAUAUUUGGGUGUAAAUGCUAGGGGAAAACCAUUUUACUUUGAAGAAAUUGUGAUUCGUAUUGAAAGUGGCGCAUUCUUAAUGAGAGCACGUGCUUGGACCAUUCCAUCUUAUUACGCUUCACAACCCUUUGUUUGUUCUGUUCAAUCUCGGAACAAUUCCUUACUUAAGCCAGUUAUUUAA